AUGCACAGCAGCUGGACUGUCCUGAAAGCACCGCCGGCCGGCGGCGCAGCAGUGGCGCGGCCACCUUUCAGCGGUACGCUGCUGGCGUCCCUGCGCUGGCGUCUGUACGCGGCCGACAGAGCGGAUCGCGCCGCUGACGCGCCGCGGCCGCCGCCGUCGGCGGUGCCCGCCGCGGCGGCAUGGGGCGCGGCCGGGGUGCAGGACCCCGUCGAUCCGCCAGAUGUGCUCCUGGUCCCCGCGGGCGCGUCGCAGCACCUGCAGGCGCCGUCCUUCGACGGCCCGCCGCCCCGGUUGUCGCCCGAGGACCUCUACUCUCGCCGCACCGGCGCGCUGCCCGGCGCCUCCCCCUCGCGCCUCCGCCCCGAACGCGUGCUCGACCUCUCCCCCUCAGACGGCCGCCCCAGCGAGCGGCGGCUGGCCGCCAUGCUGGCCGCGUGCGAGGGCUGGCAGCAGCUGGAGCGAGUCGUUGCCAAGAACGCGGGCAGCAUGACCGCCGUGCACGUCACUGCGGCGUUCAGCCUCCUGGAAAGGGCCCUGCAGGAGGAGGCAGCCGAGGCUGCAGCCGCCAGCCGCCGCGGCGGUGGCGGCGGCGGCGGGACCGACGGCGGCAGCGGCGGGGGCGGCGGCCGGGCGGCGGCCCUGGAGGCCGGCGGCGGCGGGGGAGGGGACGGCGCUGCUGGGCUCGGCGGAGCGGCGGAGGAUGGGGGCGGCGCCAGCGCCGGCGCCGGCACCGCGGGCGGCGCGGGCGGCAGCACCCUGGAGAUACUUGAGGGCCCGCUGUCCUUCGGCAGCUCAAACCGCCGCCGCCGGCUGUCGACGCUGACCGUGCGCCUCUCGCGCCUCGCGCUGCGCAGCGCGGCGAGCGUCGACGGCCAGGCGGUGGCGGUUGCGCUGUGGUGCCUGGGGCGGCUGGGGUUCAGGGACGCCGUGCUCGUGUCCGAGCUGCUGCUGCUGGCGGCGGUGCGCGCGGAGCAGCUCAACGGGCAGGGGCUCGCGAUGGUGCUCGCGGCGGCGGUGGCGCUGCGCGUCAGGCCCGCAACAGGCGUCAUGGGGCGCCUGGCGGAGCGCCUGGAGCAGGCCGCCCCCCUGCUGGGGCCGCAGGCCCUGGCCAACUGCUGCAUGGCGCUGGCAAAGCUGCAGGCGCUGCCGGUCCUGCAGCAAGAGCAGCAGCAGCAGCAGCAGCAGCAGCAGCAACUGCAACUGCCGCCGGGGCUCCUGCCGGCGCUCGAGGCCAGGACGCGCGCGUUGCUGGGCAAGCUAGGCCCGGGCCACACAGCCAUGGUCCUGUGGGGGCUGGCGCGGCUCAAGGCGCGGCCGUCGGCCGCGACCCUCGAGGUGAGCCCUGCCGCAACUGAUUGCUGGUGA